GCUGGAAUGCCCAAAGAAGUCCUCAUACGCUAUUCAAGCCAAUUGUGUUACAGGCUGCCCAGAGAAAUUAUUUUCUGGCUGACUGUGGUAGCCACCCUUGUUCUGGUAACCUGUACUAUUACCAUCAUUGCCCUGUCUCCCAAGUGUCUGGACUGGUGGCAAGCCAGCCAAAUCUACCAAAUCUACCCAUUAUCCUUCAAAGACUCUGAUGGGAAUGGUGUCGGAGAUCUGAAUGGCAUUACAGAAAAACUGGAUUACUUUGUGGAUCUAAACAUCAAAGCUAUCUGGUUAAGUCCAGUGUACAAGUCUCCAAUGAAAGAUUUUGGGUAUGAUGUGGAAGAUUUUGAAGAAAUCAAUCCAAUUUUUGGAACUAUGGAAGAGUUUGACAAUCUCUUAGAAGCCGUACACAACAAAGGUUUGAAACUGAUAAUGGAUUUCAUUCCAAAUCACACUAGCAACAAACACCGUUGGUUUCAACUUAGCCGGAAUCGAACAGGAAAAUACACUGAUUACUAUGUCUGGGUCAAUUGUAAACACACGGUGAAUAAAACCACCAACCCCAACAACUGGGUUAGUGUGUUUGGACACUCUGCUUGGCAAUUUGAUGAGAUUCGAGGGCAGUGUUAUUUACAUCAGUUCUUUAAGGAACAACCGGAUUUGAAUUACAGAAAUGUUGAUGUGCAGGAAGAAAUUAAAAAUGUAUUACGGUUUUGGCUGAAGAAAGGGGUUGAUGGUUUCAGGAUGGAUGCCAUCAAAUACCUUCUGGAAGCUGAAAGCCUAAGAAAUGAGCCUCAAGUCAACUUAACACAGAACCCGAAUAAUAUCAUAUCAUAUGAUGAGCUCUAUCAUGAUUACACAACCACACAAGUGGGCAUGCAUGAUAUUAUCCGUAGCUGGCAACAUCUUUUGAAGGAGUUUAGUACAGAACCUGGCAGAUACAGAUUUUUGGAGACUGAAUCCUAUGACAAUGAAGAAAUUUAUAAGACUAUGAUGUACUAUGGAACACCAAUACAACAAGAAGCUGACUUUCCCUUUAACUUCUACCUUAUUGAUCUCUAUAAAGAUUUGUCAGGAAAUGGAAUAUUUAAAAUUGUAGAUUAUUGGAUGCGCAACAUGCCUGCAGGAGCAUGGCCAAACUGGGUGGUAGGAAAUGAUGAAAAUUCGCGUAUUGCAUCCCGUGUUGGUGCAAUGUACACUAAUGUCAUUAAUAUGCUUCUGCUGACUCUUCCUGGAACUCCUACUACUUACUAUGGGGAAGAAUUAGGAAUGGAAAAUAUCAAUACGGCAAAUCGAGAUUCACCACGCUCACCGAUGCAAUGGGAUGGCAGUGCCAAUGCUGGCUUCAGUACAGCAAACAAAACUUGGCUAAGUGUCCACCCAAAUUAUGCUACAGUAAAUGUUGAAGUUGAAACGAAACAACAAAACUCCACCUUGACCCUGUACCGUCAGCUGAGCUUUCUUCGUCAGAAUGAGUUGCCUGUUCAUAGGGGAUGGAUGUGUUACAUUUGGAAUGAUACAGAUGUGUUUGCAUAUGUGAGAGAAUUGGAUGGUUUGGAUUCAGUCUUCCUGAUUGUACUAAAUUUUGGUAACGCUUCAACAAUCAACCUGAAAAGCAAAGUUCCAGAUCUUCCUAAAGAAGUAAAUGUGAAGCUCAGUACAGACUUUAAUAAAAAACGAAAUCAGGUUCAAACAGCAUCAGUGGUAACUGGAGCUGGUGAAGGUCUUGUACUGGAAUACAAAACGAGCAAUCCAGUUCACAGUAAGGCAGAAUUCAAAGACAGCUGCUAUAUUUCACAGAAAGCAUGUUAUUUGAGUACAUUUGAUAUACUUUACAAGAAUUGUUAA